UACCUCAAGGUCAUUGUGGCUCUGGGGAUGCCGGGGCAGGAGGAUGAGGGUGUGCUGUGGACACAGCAGUCCGCGGGAUUCCGUUCUGGGAAGCCGAUGGUCGCCGGCACCCCCUGCUUCCUCCCUCUGUUGUCUGCCUGUGUGACACACAUCAAUGGCAAUAACUUCUUCCAACUCCUCGCAGAAGUGGGAGAGGUGCAGCCUGCACCGAGAGGGGCUUUCCUCCUCUCUCUUGCUCCCCGCUUCGUUCUGUUUUGGCUGCAGAGAGUGGUUCAUCCGUACUCUCAUUCCCUCGCCUCCCCUAGUGGACGGAGGCGGGGGUCUUGCCUUUUCAAUUCCUGUGUUUUGGUGUCUUCCCUUAUCUGCUACCCUGAAUCACCUGUCCCGGUCUUGCUGUGUGAUGGGAACGUGCUUGUAAACUGCGUAACAAAUCUACUUUGUGUAUGUGUCUGUUUAUGGGGGUGGUUUAUUCUUUUUGCUGGUCCCUAGACCACUUUGUAUGACCGUUUGCAGUCUGAGCAGGCCAGGGGCUGACAGCUAAUGUCAGGACCCUCAGCAGUGGAGCCUGCUGGGGGGACCCAGCUGCUCUUGGACAAGUGGCUGAGCUCCUAUCUGGCCUCCUCUUUUUUUUUUUUUUUUUCCCAAGUAAUUUGUGUGUAUUUCUAACUGAUUGUAUUGAAAAAAUUCUUAGUAUUUCAGUAAAAAUGCCUGUUGUGAGAUGAACCUCCUGUAACUUCUAUCUGUUCUUUUUUGAGGCUCAGGGAGAAACUAGCAUUUUUUUUUUUUCCAAACUACUUUUUGUCACUGUGACAGUUGUAAAUAAAGUUUGAAAAUGCUUUCCA